AUGACGACCAAAGGCGCAGUUGCUGCUAACCAAAGUCAACAGGGACAGCGGGGUUGGGAAUUUGGGAUAAGCGUGCAAUGUUCAUUUACCCCUGGCCACCAUUCGAAACGUUCUGGUAGCCUUCAGAUCAAAACUUACUACUCACCUAGGUGGGUGGAUAGGAGAUCUGAUAUCCAAGGCUCGGGCACCCCGUCCGGAAUUACUCUCCGGGGCAAUUCCGCUACUUAG